AUGUUGAGGAUAGCAAGACAGGGCUGGCACGGUGCCAGGCCUGUGCCCAGCAGCAAGAGACUGUACUGGAAUUGGUUGGCGAACGGCGGAUCCGGCAAAGGCUCAGCCAUCAGACAGCCGAACCAAAUAUUCCUGUCGAUACGAAACGAGAAUGAAUUGACCAAUACUCUGAUAGCAAGCAGCAAGACGCCUUUGAUAAUGAAUUUCACUAUGCGGAACAACACAGCCUGCGACAGGCUCACGGGCGCACUGAAUAGAAUAGUGAUGCUGGAGACGGAGAAGAAAGUGAAUGUUGUCGAUGUCGAGACGGAUUGGCCAGAGACCAAGGAGGCUGUCCUAAGGUUCGGAGUCAAUAACAUCCCGAUCCUCGUGGCAGUGAGGAAAGGCUUUCCGGUAGAUUACUAUGUGCCCAAAGACCUGACAAUUGAUGAGGUGGACUGGUACGGGUUGAAGGAUUGGAUCGAGAAGAAUGCGGAUCCUUAG